CGCAUUCAUUGUAAAAUUCUCGGUAGCGAGCAGUGUUUGGCUACAUUCUAUUUCUUCUCCUCCGUGUGAGACCAAAGGGAUAAGGCUGGGAUAAAGGUAAUGGCUGGUGAAGGCGCAGAUUUAGCUGCAAAUGGAGUCAGGGCGGCUUUUGAAUUGAUAGCGUCAGCAAGUACAUCAGGCUUUUCUAUCUCGGUGAAAAUAGACAGCCCCAUUCUGGCAGGAUUUGCGUUGGCUGGAGCCCUGACGUUGGGUGCAUUUUUCUAAAAGGCAGUCUGUUGAAAAUGCGAUAAGGAAUGCCUUAGAAGAAAGGAAUGAAAACGGAGCUGAUCCUGAAGUCAGGAACAUCGGGGAUGGUUCAAUUUUGGUGGAGCUUUGCUGUCACACAGAUCGUAGUUUGUUACAGUUCGUGGAUGACCUUGAAGCAGAGAAAGUGAAGCAUAGAUUGCAAGAAGAGUUUUGUGAAAUUGGAUUCAACAGGCGGAUAGAUGUAACCAUUAUGAAUGCCGAAGAGGUUUACAAGAAAGUGCAGGAAAUAAGACAGGACUCACUUAUGGCUAGUGCUACAGCCAGUGCUACACCGAAAACGGACGAGGACAUCAUUAAAGAUCUGCUGAACGAGAUCAUGGAAAAGGUAGACGCCCUGACCGAUAAAGGAAAAGGUUUGAUAGAAGGGGAACAGGUCGCCGAAGCUACCUUCACAGGAAUAACGCAAGAUUCAGGAAACCAACAGUUCUAUAACGAGCAAGACCAAGUGACCAGCACUGUUAGCCCUGAAACUAAAGAAGAGGAGGUAGAAGUCGUGCAUAGUAAAGAUGGACAACAUGACGUUGAAAUCAAGGUGAAGCCCCAUCAGUACGAAGUAGUCAGAUCGUAUGGGUCAGGAGAAUUAAACGGACCAUACUGUAUCGCAAAGAAUGAUAUAACUGGAGACAUUGCAGUGGCAGAUUAUUUUAACAAAAGAGUCCUGGUCUUAGAUAAGGACAUGAAACACGUGAAGACGAUAGGAGACGAGGCAGACUCACAACUUAGUGCCAGCAUAGGUUCUCCUGUUUCAGUGGCAUUCCCAAAGAACAACAAACAUGGAACAAAGAACAACGACAUCAUGGUUACUCAUGAGCAGUUCAGAUCACAUAAUAAGAAGCUUUCAGUUCUAACUGAUCGUGGCCUCUUCGUCGAACAUUUUUCUGAACAUCUGAUUAUACCACAUCAUGUUUUUGUCAAAACUGAUGAUGGCCAUGUGAUCGUUUGCGAUGAAGGUGACAAAAAGGUGAAAGUCAUCUCCCCAGACGGGAAAGAAUUGCUGCUGGCCUUCUCUGCACCGGAUAGCGAAGUUUCCCCAAGCUUUCCAUGUUACUAUCGUGGCAGGUUCUUUGUUUCCUAUAUGAGAGCACAUUGUGUGAAGGUUUAUGAUAAGGAAGGAGUGUUUCUUUAUAACAUUGGCAGCGAGGGUUGUGGUGAAGGACAGUUGAGAUAUCCCGAGGGACUUUGUGUAGACUCCUUUGGUAACCUGAUCGUGUGCGACAUCAGUAGCAGUCAUGAAAAUCUGCACGAUGGCGUCCUGAAAAUGUUCACCUUGGACGGAACAUUUCUCACCUCAUUUGGCGAGGAUAAGAUCAAAGUUCCUUGGAGCGUGUGUGCCUGUAAUAAUGGCGAUCUACUCGUUGCCGAUCUUCUCGAGGACAGUGUUCAUAUUUUAAAAUAACCUGUUUCCUUCAUUGCAAAGUGAAACACAAAUGGAACAAUUCUUCAGUUGGUAGCGUGAACGCUCCGACAAGCCUUCCUUUUUCCCUCUAAAAAAACCGCUUGUGUCGUUAUCCGUUAAUGUUUCGGAGUAAAAUGAACUUUUUUUAAACAUCAUAAGUUGUCUUAAAAAGAAAACUAAUAUAUGUUAUUCACCAGCCGCGCUAAGAACCAAGCAGAUUGCAGAAUUUGUUACCGUCCCCUUUGAGAAAAAAAAUAAUAGAGGUUGUUUUUCACAACUUCGUGGCAUUUAGAACAAAACUUGUCUCCGAUUUUGGUAGUCAUUCAGAAAUUUUUAAUUCCCCUCCAACACCCCUAUAAGCCCCCCUGUCCAACCCUUUUUCGUAAA